CGUGGCUCUGCACGUUUCGUAAGUAAACACGCCCACUGCAUUGUUAUUUAACGUUUCAGGACGUGUUUAACCCCACGCACAGCCUUCACCCCGUCUAGAACAACGACACACCUGGUAUUUCAAGUCAUAUAAGAAUUUUCUGCAUCUCUUUGUUGGAGCCAUGUGGACGGCCAUGCUGGGACUGACCGCCCUACCACAUGUUGGUGGGAUCUGUGGAGCCUUUAUCACAAGAAGAGAGACGAAAACGUGGUAUGUCUCGCUUAACAAACCGUCAUGGAGGCCACCCAACUCUGCUUUUGGAGUAGUAUGGACAGCUUUAUACACUGGCAUGGGGUAUGGUUCAUACCUGGUGUAUAAAGAGCUGGGAGGCUUCACAGAAGAUGCUAUGGUCCCACUGGGACUCUAUGGCCUGCAGCUGGCACUGAACUGGGCCUGGACCCCUAUCUUUUUUGGGGCACACAAGAUCAAACUGGCACUCAUUGAGCUUGUUGUGCUGACGGGCACAGUGGCCGCCACCAUGGUGUCCUGGUACCCAGUGAACCGCACUGCCACACUCCUCCUGACUCCAUACCUGGCCUGGCUCUGCUUGGCCACCUCCCUCAACUACUGUAUCUGGAGGGACAAUCCUGAUACCAAAGAAGACUAGAGAGGGCAAAUAUGUAAUUAACAUGCACUAGUAGGCACAUUAUGACUCUUCAUGGCCAUUAAAACAAAUAUGCCUGUAACCAUAUUCAAGCGAAUAUAUGAAUUAAAUCAUGGCAGCUGCUUGACUAAUGAAGUUCUCAAGUAGGAGAAUUAAUAUAUACUAACAUUUAGCUCACAUCUCUGUUGGCUUUUUAAAAUAAAAUAUUUUAAUAUGUUUAUAUCAA